CUUGUCCUUACAGGAAAGGCAGACUGCCCAUAUUAUGCCAAAGCAGAACUUCUUGCUGACUAUCUUCAGAAAAACCUGCCACAUUUCAGAGUUCAUAAAAUCACCUGUCAUCCUGAUGACUGGGAGCAAUGGAUCUCAAAAUUAAGUCUAAAAAAUGGAUGGAAGCACAGGCACUCUCCCAUAAUAUGGAGGGAGCUGUUGGAUCGAGGAGGCAAGGGAUUGCUGCUUGGAGGAUUUAACGAAUUCAUGGAACAUGCACAAGAAUACUACAAUGUAAGUUCAGCUAUGUUGAGUGAUUUAAUGAAGGAUAUUGCAACAGAAAACUUAGAAGCUCAUAUCAAUUUAAACAUGGAAGAACAGGAAAUAAAAAGACAGUUUAAACCUCUUCAUGUCUGGAUCACCAGUGCAUCAAUGCCUACUUGCUACAGUUUACUUCCUAUUCUGGCUACUGGUGAAGUCUUUGGUCCAGAGAAAGCUAUUUGGUUGCACUUAUUGGACAAUAGCCAAUCCAUGGAUACCCUGCAAGGACUGAAAAUGGAGGUGGAAGACUUAGCUUUUCCAUGUAUAAGACAAGUAACAUUGCAUACGAUGGCUGAUGAAAAUUACAUUAAGAUAGUUACAGAAGAGUGUGCAAAGUAUGGCAGGCUCAUUGACCAGAAUGCAAACAAGGAAGUGAAGGUGGUUGUGUCAGGAAGUACCUACGCAAAUCUUAAAGCCCUAGUGGUGUUGAAAAAUGCACCAUCCAUCAAUAAUCAUCAUGUAGUGGCUUUACCAACACAACUGGAGUUUGAAGCAAAAGCUCAGAUUGCAAAAAAAUUGAAUGUAAAUUCAUCAGUUGUGAAGGAUGUGAUAGUUUGGGGUAACAUCAGUGGUAUUAAUCACCUUGAACUGAACCAAGCAAAGAUAUACACGUAUGACAGUUCCAUAUGGGGACCUCCCAGUUACUCACGCCCUUUGUUUGAUAUGAUAUUUGACAGGUAA